GAAGAAAUUUCCAAUGCAUUUAAAGAUUCGAUGUAAGAAUUCUCCCAUCGCUAUAUUAAAUGGAAUAUGGGAAAAUUGGAAUCAAAGUAAGAAUUACUCGUACGAAGAUGAACUUCAUCUCACUUGCGAUGAUGGUUAUAAAUUAAAUGCCACUGGAACAAUUAAAUGUCUCGAGAAUGGAGAAUGGUCCCUCACUUCUGCUACUUGUUUGAAGAAGAAAUUUUCAAUUAAUUUAGUAGUAAUUGUUGCUGCAGUUACGCUUGUCGUAUUGAAAGUUGUAUACUUCAUCAUGUUCAAAGCAAGGAAAAGAAGAGACCAAGACGAUGAAUGAAUUA